CUAGAGGCCGCUGUGCUGGCUGGCUGUGCCGCUCGUGCCCCAGCUCCCGCACGGCCCCUUCUCUGUGUCUCUCUCGUGAUGGCGGAGGACAGCGAGUCCGCGGCCAGCCAGCAGAGCCUGGAUCUCGAUGACCAGGACACCUGCGGCAUAGACGGCGACAACGAGGACGAAGCCGAGCAUGCGAAGGGAAGUCCUGCUGGAGAUCUCGGGGCCAAAAAGAAAAAGAAGAAACAGAAGAGGAAAAAAGAAAAGCCAAAUUCUGGGGGGACCAAAUCUGACUCUGCAUCUGAUUCACAAGAAAUUAGAACACAGCAACCUUCAAAAAAUCCAGCCAUUCCAAUGCAAAAGCUUCAGGAUAUACAGCGAGCUAUGGAGUUGCUUUCUGCGUGCCAGGGACCUGCAAAAAACCUUGACGAGGCAAGCAAACGUAAAUACCAGUUUUGGGAUACGCAGCCUGUGCCCAAACUUAACGAACUUGUAACGUGUCACGGUCCCAUCGAACCCGAUAAAGACAACGUGCGUCAGGAGCCAUAUUCUUUGCCUCAGGGUUUUAUGUGGGAUACGCUGGAUUUGGGCAAUGGCGAGGUGCUGAAAGAACUGUACACGUUGCUGAAUGAGAAUUACGUGGAAGACGAUGAUAACAUGUUCAGAUUUGACUAUUCUCCUGAAUUUUUACAGUGGGCACUGCGUCCUCCUGGCUGGUUGUCUCAGUGGCACUGCGGCGUCAGGGUUUCCUCCAACAAGAAGUUGGUUGGCUUCAUAAGUGCUGUUCCUGCUACCAUCCGUAUAUAUGACAAUAUAAAGAAGAUGGUAGAAAUCAAUUUCCUUUGUGUUCAUAAAAAGCUGCGAUCGAAGCGCGUGGCUCCUGUGUUGAUACGAGAAAUCACAAGAAGAGUGAACAUGGAGGGGAUAUUCCAGGCCGUUUACACAGCAGGUGUUGUUCUCCCAAAGCCUGUGUCCACAUGCCGGUAUUGGCAUCGGUCGUUGAAUCCCAGGAAACUGGUAGAUGUGAAGUUUUCUCAUCUCAGUCGAAAUAUGACAUUGCAGAGGACAAUGAAACUGUAUAGACUGCCCGAUGCCACAAAGACAGCAGGCUUAAGACCAAUGGAAAGAAAGGACGUUACAAUGGUGCAGAAUCUGUUAAAUAACUAUUUGAGUCAGUUUAACCUUGCUCCUGUCAUGAAUGAAGAAGAGGUGUUGCAUUGGUUUCUUCCUCAGGAUAACAUUAUAGACACCUUUGUUGUUGAGAACUCAAAUGGUGCUUUAACAGACCUUCUCAGUUUCUACACAUUGCCCUCCAGCGUUAUGCACCAUCCAGUCCAUAAAACUCUCAAAGCGGCUUAUUCAUUCUACAACAUCCAUACAGAGACUCCUUUGUUGGACCUAAUGAAUGAUGCACUAAUUAUUGCCAAAUUGAAAGGAUUCGAUGUGUUUAAUGCUCUCGAUUUAAUGGAAAACAAAAGUUUCUUGGAAAAACUGAAGUUUGGUAUAGGCGAUGGCAACCUGCAAUAUUAUCUGUUCAACUGGAGGUGCCCGGCUAUGGAAUCCGAAAAGGUUGGUCUAGUGUUACAGUAAGAGCGCCAUGUAUUUUCUAAACAUCUGCAGUCACCAGAGGUACUCACCAAGAGCCGCGAUCAGAAGCAAAAAGCACAAAGCGAAGGGGUAAAGAAGACCAAAAGACCAUGGCAGUAUGGAGCACCUUCCCAGAAAAGGCUUUGCGGAUACCAUUUGGUGCAGUCAUUGUUUUUCGCAUGACGCACGGGCAAUUAAAAGUGAAAAAAAAAAAUAAA